ACGAAUUAAUCUGCUUUAGCUUAUUGCUGUUGGUUUCCCUUCUUUUAAAUGGGGUCCAGGCUGAUGAUAAUAUGCCGGCAACACAAGUCAAACGCUGUUCCAAUAAUAAACCUUUUCCGCUGGAGGUGCGAAUUGCUGGAUGUGUGGUUCCGCCCUGCGAUGUUGUUAAAGGAUCCGUUCAGAUCUUUGAAAUUGAUUUUGCAGUAGAUAAAUUUAUUACAAAACUAACGACACGUGUUAAGGCCACAACGUUGGGUAUUAUAACUGUACCAUAUGAACUACCUGAGGAUGUCGCCGCUGUUUGCCCGAAUCUAAAGUAUGGUGCCUAUUGUCCACUAUACCCCACGGAGGAUGUUACCUAUCUCUUUCAAUUCCCCGUUGGAGAAUAUCCAGAAAUUGGUGUCAAAAUUGAAAUCUACUUGGAGGAUCAGGAUAAUGAAACGGCUACCUGUUUUGUGUGCGAUAUUAAAGUUAAGAAGGGCCCAGGUUCAAAAGUCUAUGAGCUGAAUUAUCUUGACUAAUUUCACUAAUUUUACUAAUUUCACUUUGAACUUAUAUUGACAUACCACACUGUGAUAAAUUUAUA